UCUUCUCAACCAUUUGACGCCUCGUUUUUCGCUUGGCUGCCGACCGCUCCCAGGGUCGCUGUGCUGUAGCUGCUGGUGCUCCUCCUCCAUGACGACAAACCACUACGCGGCCGCCGCACAAAAAAGUGAGGAGUCGCACAGCAGGGUCCCCAGCAGCCCGCCCCAUGGGCCCUCGUUCGCCUAUGUGCUGCAGGCCAGCGCUGGCUAGCUCUCCGAGCCCGGGUGCAGCCGUUGGCGAUGUCACCCACGGGUCCACGGGUGGUCCAUGAGCGCCUAGCCUCACCUGUUGUUGCUACAUUCCCAAUUACCUCUAGCCCUGCUCUGCCCGGGUUACGUGCAUACCCUGACUAGCCGUGCUCAACGGGCGACAACUCAGCUGGAGGGGGCAAAGCAACCAGGCAGACUGAGAGAAAGCAAACUACGUAGUUGAAUCAAUCGUCCUGCUGAUCCACUACUUGCCCACAGCACACCAGCCCACGGCUGAAACUCUCUGGCGUUGGCCCUGCCUGGUCCUCCUACUGCCUUGCUGCACCCUUCUUUGUUUCCUUUUUUUCCCAAGUUGGCUUGCCUGCGCAUCUGCAUUUGGGCGGUUCCGGCUUCAUCGGGCUUGAUAUUGCACAUCCGCGUCCACCCCCUCCCCCAAAAAGCAAUCGAGCGAGCAUCGGCCUGCAGGCGUCGCCGUUGCUUCUCCAAUCCUCGCGGCCCUUCUGGCGUCGUGCUUCUUGCGCUGGCCCAGCAGCAGCGACCCUAGCUGGCCAAACGCCACAAGCCAGCAACCCAACCUGAAAUCUCACUUUCCGGCACUUUUGCUGUGCGCCUUGGAUCUUUUAUUCCUUUCACCGUCUUCAUCUGCCUUCACACAAGCUCAUUCAUGAAGUCGCUAUUCUAUAUCGCAUCCGACCUCCUCACACGCUCCGAUUCCUUAUCCCGUGCCGGUCAGCAGCGCCGGCACCUCACGGCGAGCGUCACCCCGCUUCCCGCCCAACAAAGCCGCUCGACGCCGACCAGCACCGCCAUCCCAACGAGCCACAGAUAAAGAGCUGUGCGCUUCAGCAUGGUCUCUUCAUACUCGUCGGGCUCAUCCUUCACGUCCUCUUCUCUCAGCCGCCCUCCGACAUACACACACUCGAGCGCCGGGCCAAGCUCCGCCUGGGCGCCCUCGGCGACGUCGCCCACCGCCGCAACGGGAAGCCAAGAACCUCCGGCGUUGGACCUUGGCCCUCCCGGAUAUGAAGCAACAAUAGUAUUAUAUCCCGAGACAAAGGAUGAGCGAACCGUGUACCUCGGCCCGUGGACGGUGACCGUAUCUCCAGAAGGCGUCUGCAUUGUAUGGCAAUGCAGCUAUGCCGGCGAAGUUCUUGAGCAUUAUAUUUCUGUGGAGUCACAAGCCGAUAUCUAUCCUCACACAAGCCAUGCGCACCACCGCCCGUAUCAUGAGCCAUCCGACAUGGAACGAUCAGUAACCUUUACCGACUCACAUCAUAUCCGCUAUACCAACGACGAAGGCGAAAUUAUCCACGACCAGCCCAUUACAGCACGAUAUGAAUUCACAAGCGUAGACGCUUCACGGCAGUUCCAGAGCGACCUUCGCGCCAAGGAGCUCGUCACCUUUUACGAUGUCGACGUAGCCUGGACCGACGUGCACGACCGGACCGACACAUUCGGCCAAGUAAGAGGCAUUGCUGUAGGCCAGCGCGUAAAGCUGUGGCGAGACCCCAUCACAAGCUACUAUUCCAUCACCAUUCUCGCCAACAAGCUCCCUGGGCGGCCAUAUAUUGAGUACGACGUGCCCGUGUUUGAGCGUGACAUUCGCGACAAGAAGGAGCAUAAGAAGCAGGUGCAAAUAUCCACGCGGAAACGCCGCGACUCGGGCUCAGAAAACACCGGACGCCGCUUUUCAUUCUCGCGGCGCCAGCGCACGGGGUCCGGCAGCUCUGCCGAAUCGUCCUCAUCCACCACAUCGAAACGAGAACGCGAGAUUCGCCAUCUCUUUUUCCGCUUUUCCCGCCGAGAAGGUUAUCGAGCCUUUACACAAUCAUGGAGCACGCUCCACGCAGAAACCGCCCACGCCGCCAUCCCCUUCCAGCCUCAGUCAUAUCAGCUUGCGACGCCUGAACUCUCACCGCCAUCAACAUCGACCCGUCGACCAUCCUCCCACAUUUCACCCUUUACCCAAGCAUCCUCCUCCUACCAAAUCUCCCCCAACACGCAAGCAUCGUCUGGCUUUACGCAGGCCUCGUCCGCAUCAUACACAUCGCAUACCUCAUACAACACGUCGCACGGCUCGUAUGCGUCGUCUCCAGAAAUAGAGCAUCCGGCGUCUCGCCAUCGCGGCACGGAAUAGGAAGCAUGCGAGAGGCCAAAAAUGAAGAAACAUAUAGUAAAAACAGGCGUUUGACUGGGCUGGGCUGGGCGGCUGAUCUAGACUGUGCUGCAGAAGCGAUGAUACCCAAGAAUGGCACGCGCAAAAAGAAAAACAGUGUAAUUACCUAGAAAUGAAUAAUGAUUCAUGAUUUUUUCACAUCAUUCAAGUCUCCUUUUUUGAAACUACACUCUCACGUAUGAGCCUCACGAUAUCCUUCCAUUGCAGCAUUUCAAUCAAAGUACCCUUAUAUCCAUUUAUACUGUAAAGUAUCUUGACCCCUCACAGUAUAGAUAAAUCGACCAAUGUAAAAGUUAAAUUUAGCCUGUUGCCGCCCAAAUUCUCGGUAGUUGGUUGGUUGUGUUACACUGUGUUCGCGAGGCGCUCGCCACUAGCCACACUAAUUCUAGUCCGCGCCGCCACAUCAACCACCGUUUCGCCGUCCGUUUUGAACACUGGCCUCCUUCAGGGGGCUCAAUUAGGAUCCGCACAACCGUCCCGUGGUGUCGCCACCGUCCGUCCCGUUGCAGAAAAAAAAACCAAAAUGACAUCUUCCAUCCCGGAAAUCCCAUGCUGGAAAAACAUGCGGUUUUCGGUGUCCCCUAUACAGUGUCAAGUGCGCGCACAGUCAAAACCGUAGGUACGAGGCACGUUUGAAGAAAAGUGCAGUGUUUUUCCAUAGAUAUAUAUACAUGUGCAACAUCUAUGUGUUUUUGUCUGCUAAAAAAGAAUCCAAAUAGGCUUUCCGUGUAUGGAAGCCAUCAAAUGGGAUAUAGUAACAAUGAAGAGUAAACCAGAGACGCCAUUUUUCGUGUACAUGUCGUCGUUAAAUCAAAACUAGUCCCCUAUCCAAAAAUAAAAAGUAUGGGUAUACCAAAACUGGCCAAAAGGCAUGUCCUUCUUUUUCGUAAAUGCUCAAAGGAUGCCGUCAAAAAAAGAACACCGGUCCUCGGGGGGACGAUUAAUAAUGAAGAAUUGUCAUGUAAAAUAUGAAAGAAGAAGGAAAAAAAGGUCGUAUGACGACGCUUGACGUGAGCGUGAGCGUCGACCAAUGCAUGCGUAUUUCUAAUAAAAUCCAUGGUUGUAAGGAAAUGAGACAGAGGGGUGGCGGGCUCUGCUGGGAUGAAAAUAUCGCCUUGAGUCAUGGUGAUCAAACGUUUUGUUGCGGGUAAUGUGCGAAAAAUAGCACGGAGACUGGAGCAGCUGGGGAACAAAGGGCGCUGUAGCAGACAUGACGGACUCUUUAGUGGGCAGUCUCCUGGCAGGCGAUGGCCAUGGCGAGGGCAUCGAGGCCGGUGCGUGCUGGGCCGCCGUGCAGAGGCAAAUCGACCUUGCGAACUUCCCAGGAGCCAGAGUAGCCGCGAGGAGAGGCUACGGGAGGCGUGGGCAGCUCGUACUGCGUGACGGGCUCGUGGGCCAUGUAGUCGGUGCUGCUGCUCAUGGUGGACGAGCGGUGGCAGCCAACGGAGCUGUUGGAGUUGCGGCGAGCGUCGUUCAUGGCGGCGGCCUUGCGCUGGCUGCCGCGGGGCUUGUCCUUGUAAUGCGUCUCAAGGUGCUGCUUCAUGUUGUCGGCGCGGGUAAACUUCUUCUGGCACCCGGCAAAGGUGCACUGGACGGCCUUUUCGGCGGUGUGAAUCUUGGAGUGGCGCGAGGCAUGGCCAGACGUGGUAAAUGUCUUGUCGCAGCCAUGUGUGUCGCGGUACCGGCACGGGUAGCGCUUAGCUGGGCGCUCGGCCACGGAGCGGUCCUCCUCGUACGAGGUGGCACGGCUCGACUCGUGGAUAGAUGGGCGCUGCAUCAUGGAUGAGGCCUUGUCUUGCUGGUAGUACUCGCUGGCACGAGGGUAGUCGAUGGACGGUGUCAAGGGCGAGAUGGCGGCUUCUGUACUAAGGUGCGAGUCGUAUGAGUCGGAACGGAGCAGCUCGGGGGUGUCUGGCGACGAGGCUCCUGAUCUGGGUGUGGGAUAGUGGUUGACAUAUUCUCUGCGGUAGAUGGGCUGGGCAGGGUGAAGCAGCUGUGGUGAGGGUGCGUCGUUUAAGAGCGAGAUGGUUCGGCCUGCGGCGUUUCUGGCCUCCAUUUUGGGCAAAGUUGCAGCUAGUAGUGGUGAUGGAUGCAAAAGGGUGCAAUGGAUGCUGUGUAUUGUGUUAGUCUGUGGCCGAGAAUAAAAGUGUAUGGCUCCGUGCCUGCUUUUCUCUUCUUCUUUUUUGAUUUCCAGCAGCAUGCAGAAGAAAAGAAGAAAAGAGAAACGUCGAGCUGGAAGAGAAAACGGAGCUUGCCCUGGGCGGUCGCAAGGGUAAUGGGGGGUGUGACGUACCGGUGCCUGGGCCUCUUUGGUUGUUCUGGCUGGGCUUUUGGGGCGCAGUGGGUGCGAGAAAACGGGGGAGCUGAAGCUCUGUUUAUGGGCCAAAGGGCGCAGAGGGGGGAAGUAGAAGAAGGGUUCCUUGGAGGAGAGGAGAGGAGAGAUGGACAAGGGGGAUGGAAAUAAAUAAAUAAAUCCGUAGCGUAAAAAUAGAACGGGAAAGGGUCCUGGGUGAGUGAGGGAGGAAGAAGAUGUUAAUGUAGGAAGAGAGAAGAGGAAAAGACAGACGCGGGUGGUGGGCA